AUGAAGCAAUUAGAAGAAAAGCAUGAGGCUACAAAGGUGUCAGAAGAAACAAUAGUAAAAUGUGUUGGCCCGAAGAUUUACACUGAAGAAAGAGAAAAGGCAAGAUUGCAACGACAACAUAUGAUGAAGCAAUUAGAAGAAAAUUUGGGGUGGAAGGUAGAAUUUGAACAAUUUGCAGAAAUCAUGGAAAAUGAAGAAAUUAAGACAGCCCAGAAAGUAGUGAACAUGUUAGAAGAAGAACUCAGAAAAAAGAAAGAAGAACUAAAAAAAGGAGAAGAGAAAAAAAUGAAAGAAGACAAGAAGAGAAAAUUGGAAGAGGAAGAGAUGAAAAGAAGGGAAAAGGAGAAGAAAUUGGAAGAAGAGAAGAAAAGAAUGGAAGUUGAAGAACAGAAGAGAAGGUUACAAGGAAAAAUCACAGUGGAAAAGAAGAAGGAAGAACAAGAGAAGGCAGAAAUGAAGAAAGGAGAAGAAGAAGGAAAGAACAAUUUAAAAAGGAUAGAUGAUGAAGAACUAAGAAUAAUAUUUGAAGAGAUGAUUCUCAAUGUGAAUCUAGUGCACUGGCUUGAGCCACAAAUCAAUGAGUAUAAAUUGAUAAAAAUAGAUGAAGAUGACGACGAAGACAUUUUGGACUUAAGACCAAAUUAUAUGGAAAUAGAGGAGUAA